GUGAACGCAACACAAGGGUUCUGGGCUUUUUUUCUUCUCCCCUUUGACUCAAAGUGGGGGAGAGACGAGAGAGGGGGUAGUUAACUCCUGUCUCCCCACCCCCAGCUCGUAUGAGGUGGAUUUGGGAAGAAAGGGAAUCCAAACCUGUGUCGCAGAGAUAACAGGAAGGUUCUGCUUUGGAGUGUCUGAUCUCCGUGAAAGGGAUACAGCAAAAAGCGCACGGAGGAUAAUAGCGGAGUAUUUUGAACCUGCGCUCUCCGUUAACAAGUGACUCGCUGACGUUGGAGAGAGUGGAAUAUAGCGUUUUUCUGCAAUCGGGGGAUGCAACGUAACUGUUCUUGUAGGAGGAUUCAGCUGCACAGAAAAUGGAUUUGAAAACUGUCUCCCCUAACCCAGCGAGGGGGUAGAUAAAAAAAAACAAAAAAACUUUUCCCCCCUCUCACGCUGAGACUGAAGUGCCAAGCAGUUUUGCGUGAAGACCCCGACUCAGUCGGGGCCUCGCCUCCCUGGCCAGGUCAUCGAUUCGUCCCAUCCUGCCCCUUCCAGCCCCCUCUUCCCUGCUGUAGUCGCUGCCAAGAUGGCCACUAGUGGUGCUCCUCGUCUCUCCUUGCCACUGUUGCUUCAUGUGACCACUCUGCUGCUAUCACUGCUGCUCACCUGCUCUCAAGCCUCAUCAAAGCCAGAGUUCACUAAAGUUCCUGUUGACCAGAUUGGUGUCUCGGGGGGAGUGGUCUCCUUUGUCUGCCAGGCAACAGGCGACCCCAAGCCAAAAGUUAGUUGGAACAAGAAAGGAAAGAAGGUGAACUCUCAGCGCAUAGAGACCAUUGAGUUUGACGAGGGUGCUGGCGCUGUGCUCAGAAUCCAACCUCUCCGAGCACCACGUGAUGAGAAUAUCUACGAAUGUCUAGCAGAGAACAGCGCAGGCGAGAAUUCUGUCAGCGCCAAGCUCACCAUCAUCAGAGAGGACCUUCUGCCACCAGGCUUCCCUAACAUUGAUAUGGGUCCUCAGCUUAAAGUGGUGGAGAGAACUCGAACGGCUACCAUGCUUUGUUCUGCCAGUGGCAAACCUGACCCAGAAAUCACCUGGUACAAAGACUUCCUGCCCAUAGAUCCAAAUACAAGUGAUGGACGGAUCAAGCAACUGCGCUCUGAAAGAUUUGAGGGUACCCCGAUUCGAGGUGCCCUGCAGAUCGAGAACAGUGAGGAGUUGGACCAGGGGAAGUACGAGUGCGUGGCGUCUAAUGAGGAAGGCGUACGCUACUCGUCCCCCGCUAAUCUUUAUGUGCGAGAGCUUCGAGAAGUCCGGCGGGUACCUCCUCGCUUCUCCAUUCUUCCAGAAAGUAAAGAAAUAAUGCCAGGUGGCAGUGUGAACAUAACUUGCGUGGCAGUGGGGUCGCCCAUGCCUUAUGUCAAGUGGAUGCUGAAUGCUGAGGACUUGACACCAGACGACGAGAUGCCAGUUGGCAGAAAUGUUCUUGAACUGAGCAGUGUCCGUGAGUCAGCCAACUAUACCUGCGUGGCCAUGAGCAGCCUUGGCAUCAUUGAAGCCGUUGCACAAAUCACCGUAAAAUCUCUCCCCAAGCCUCCAGGUACCCCUGUGGUUACCGAAACCACAGCCACUAGUGUGACCAUUACGUGGGACUCAGGAAACCCAGAUCCAGUGACAUACUACAUCAUACAGUAUAGAGCCAGGUCCCCAGACAGCAAGUAUGAAACGGUGGAUAGCAUCACCACUACACGUUACAGCAUUGGUGGCCUCUACCCAAACACAGAGUAUGAAAUACGUGUCUCAGCGGUGAAUUCAAUUGGACAAGGUCCACCCAGUGAGCCAGUCGAAACUCGGACUGGUGAGCAAGCUCCCGCCAGUCCACCAAGAAACAUUAAGGCCCAAAUCCUUCCUCAAAAUACCAUGAUGGUGCAGUGGGAGGAACCCGAGGAGCCUAAUGGGCAGAUCAAGGGAUACCGAGUUUACUACACUAUGGACGAUUCGCAGCCCAUGAGCCUCUGGCAGAUCCAUAAUGUCCAGGACAGUCUCAUCACCACCAUUCAGAGCCUAGUUCCUCAAGGAACAUACACAAUCAAAGUCCUUGCAUUCACAUCUGUUGGUGAUGGACCUUUUUCAGCCCCAAUUCAGGUCAAAGUAUUACAGGGUGUUCCAGGUCAACCAUCCAAAUUCCAAGUCGGUGCUGUGUCUGACACCAGCAUUGAGCUGACCUGGGAACCUGCGUAUGAGAAAGAAGGAAUUAUAAAUUAUGAACUUCGCUAUAAGGAAGGCGAUUCAGACACCCAGAUGACGAAAACAUUUGGACCCACAAAAUCAUAUGUUGUGGAAAGUCUCCGUCCCAAUACAAAGUACCGCUUCUCCCUGGCGGCCAUCUCUAACAAAGGCAUUGGGGCGUUCACAAAUGAAAUUUCUGAGAGGACCUUGCAAGCCAAACCCUCAGCUCCCCCUCAAGAAAUUAAGUGCAGCACUACCAGCUCCACCAGCCUUUUGGUAAGUUGGCGCCCCCCACCUUUGAAGAGUCAGAAUGGUGAUCUGACGGGGUAUAGGGUGCGCUACCAAGCGGUGGGCCCUUCAGAAGGGGCCAGCGACGACACAGACCCCAUGGAGGAGCUGCCAGUGCCUGCAACCGAAGAGCGGGUGUUGCUGCAGAGACUGGAGAAGUGGACCCAAUACCAAAUCACAGUGUCCGCCUCAACUGAGAUUGGGCCUGGCCCUGAGAGUGAGCCCCUAAUCUGUCGGACAGAUGAAGAUGUUCCUGGAGCUGCACCAAGGAGGGUUGAGGUGGAGGUUCUCAACUCCACAGCUCUGAAAGUGAUGUGGCGUUCUGUGACACCUGGAAAGCAAAAUGGUCAAAUUCGUGGCUACCAAGUUCACUAUGUACGUGUUGAAAAUGGCGAGUCACGGGGCCUGCCCCUCAUCAAGGAUGUCAUGCUUGCUGAUGCCCAGUGGGAAACGGACGAUACGGCUGAAUAUGAAAUGGUCAUCGGAGGACUCAAGCCAGACACCACUUACUCCGUCACGGUAGCAGCAUACACCACCAAGGGGGAUGGAGCACGGAGUAAACCCAAAGUGGUGGUGACCAAAGGGGCAGUGCCUGGUCCGCCGUAUCUGUCAGUAGCUCAAGAUUCAAAGACUUCAGCUGUUGUUCACUGGGAUCCUCCAGACCUGAUAAAUGGAAUGGACCUGCAGGGAUACCGUCUUCAGUUUGGCCGGAAAGAUGUCUCCCCUCUGGCCACACUGGAGUUUGCUCCCCAUGAAAGGCAGUAUUUUGUGGGCAACAUUCACCGGGGUGCCACUUAUCUCUUUAAGAUCUCCGCCAAAAGCAGAGGGGGCUUUGGGGAAGAGGCUGUGGCAGAACUCGCUGUUCCUGAAAAUACCCCUGGGGGAUACCCUCAAAUUAACGAGGGCUCAAUGGUAACAUGUUGCUCAGUGCAGCUGUCCUGGUCUCCACCAGUGCUGGCAGAGAGGAAUGGGGUCAUCACAGAGUACACUCUGGCUUAUAAAGAAGCCGGAACAAGAGAAGCGCCACAAGAACUCCGUUUACCUCCCCACCAGUCUAGCUUUGAGCUCAACAGUCUCAAACCGAACUCCGCAUAUGAUGUGAAAAUACGUGCCCACACCAGUAUAGGUCCAGGGCCCUACAGCCCACCCAUCCAGUAUCGGACCAUGGCCAUUGAUAUAACAGAUGUCCCAAAGAAUUUUACUGUUAAGUGGGCCACCAAGACAACAAUAGUCCUUGGGUGGAAGUUUUCAGAUAGAGGAUCACCAUACAAAUGCAUGAUUGAGUAUAACGGGCAAAAGAUGGACGUGGAUGCUAGGAAGUUGAAGGCAUACAUCACUGGGCUCAGACACAGCGUUACCUAUAAAUUUGGGGUGAAAUGCCAAGAAGGCCUGGAGGGUGAACCCAGGCAUCGUGUGACAGCCAGUACGGCACCCUUCAUUCUGAUCAAGAAACCCAAACUGGAUAUCUACGCUGAGGCUGAGAACAAGCUCACUAUGUCUUUUCCAUCAUUCAACAGUGGGGAUGUCAAGAACUUCUAUGUGGUUGUGGUGCCUCUUAAAAGAACAUCAGGAACAGUUAAAAACUUGAAGAAUCCUGAUGAGAUGGACAUAGAAGAGCUACUGAGGGAUGUGAUCUCAAAGCGCCGUUCGCGGCGUCAGCUGGCUCAAUUGGACCAGCGGAGUGCCUACAUCACAGCCUGCUUCAAGAAGCUGCCCUCCACCUUCACAGUGGGAUAUGACCACCCCCUGAGCAGCUGCGAGAAUAAGCCCCUCGAACCUGGUCAGGAAUAUGUCUUCUUCCUGCUGGCUGAACUCAACUCCACUCUGGGGAAAAUGUUUGCAACCAGCCAGUUUACUGACACAGUGAUGACUCCAGAGUUGGUGGUGGAUCCUUUGCCAGUAGAGACUGGUGAUGGACUCAUAUGGGUGGUCGGCCCCGUCUUGGCUGUGGUCUUCAUCAUUGGCAUUGUCAUCUCCAUUCUCCUUUUGAAAAACAAACCAGACAGUCGGAAAAGAAAAGAGUCUGAGCCACGCACAAAAUGUCUGCUUAACAAUGCAGAUAUUACACCCCACCAUCCCACAGACCCUGUGGAAAUGAGACGCAUCAACUUCCAAACUCCAGAUUCUGGUCUAAGCAGUCCUCAGAGUGAAGCAGAUUUUGACUAUGAAAGUAUGAUGAAUCAUCCUCCGAUCCCUAUCUCGGAGCUGGCUGAGCACACCGAACUUCUCAAAGCUAAUGACAACCUCAAACUCUCCCAGGAAUACGAGUCUAUUGAUCCAGGCCAGCAGUUCACCUGGGAGCACUCCAACCUGGAGGUGAACAAGCCUAAAAAUCGUUACGCCAACGUCAUCGCCUACGACCACUCCCGAGUCAUCUUGGCUCCCAUCGAAGGCAUAACGGGUAGCGACUACAUCAAUGCCAACUACAUUGAUGGCUACAGGAAGCAGAAUGCUUACAUCGCCACCCAGGGUCCGUUACCAGAAACAUUCGGGGACUUCUGGAGGAUGGUGUGGGAACAGAGAACAGCAACUGUUGUGAUGAUGACUCGGCUGGAAGAGAAGUCACGGAUUAAGUGUGACCAGUACUGGCCAAGUCGUGGCACGGAAACCUAUGGCAUGACCCAAGUAACCUUGUUGGAUACAAUAGAGCUGGCUACUUUCUGUGUCCGCACGUUCUCCCUUCACAAGAAUGGCUCGAGUGAGAAACGGGAAGUUCGUCAGUUCCAGUUUACAGCGUGGCCUGACCACGGUGUGCCGGAGUACCCAACCCCCUUCCUAGCUUUCCUCCGUAGGGUGAAGACGUGCAACCCACCUGAUGCUGGACCCAUCAUUGCUCACUGCAGUGCCGGCGUCGGCAGGACGGGCUGCUUUAUAGUAAUCGACGCAAUGCUCGAGCGUAUCAAGCAUGAGAAGACGGUCGACAUCUAUGGUCAUGUGACGCUGAUGCGUUCGCAGCGCAACUACAUGGUGCAGACAGAGGACCAGUACAGCUUCAUCCACGACGCGCUGCUGGAGGCGGUGGCCUGUGGAAACACGGAGGUGGCUGCUCGCAGCCUGUACUCCUACAUCCAGAAGCUGGCCCAGGUGGAAAGCGGCGAGCACGUCACCGGCAUGGAGCUGGAAUUUAAGCGUUUGGCCAACUCCAAGGCCCAUACAUCACGCUUCAUCAGUGCCAACCUUCCCUGCAACAAGUUCAAGAACCGGCUGGUCAACAUCAUGCCCUAUGAGACCACCCGUGUCUGUCUGCAGCCAAUCAGAGGCCUGGAAGGCUCUGACUAUAUCAACGCUAGCUUCAUUGAUGGAUACAGGCAACAGAGGGCAUACAUCGCCACGCAGGGCCCUCUAGCAGAGACUACAGAAGACUUCUGGAGAAUGCUCUGGGAGAACAACUCCACUAUAGUAGUCAUGUUGACCAAACUUAGAGAGAUGGGCCGGGAAAAGUGUCACCAAUACUGGCCGGCAGAGCGCUCUGCCAGGUAUCAGUACUUUGUGGUAGAUCCCAUGGCGGAGUACAACAUGCCUCAGUACAUCCUUCGGGAGUUCAAGGUCACAGAUGCCAGGGAUGGCCAGUCCAGGACAGUAAGGCAGUUCCAGUUUACUGAUUGGCCAGAACAAGGUGUACCCAAAUCCGGAGAGGGAUUCAUCGAUUUUAUUGGCCAGGUUCAUAAAACCAAGGAGCAGUUUGGACAAGAUGGGCCCAUCUCUGUACAUUGCAGUGCUGGAGUGGGAAGAACUGGAGUCUUCAUAACCCUCAGCAUCGUCUUGGAGAGAAUGCGUUAUGAGGGAGUGGUAGAUAUCUUCCAAACAGUGAAGAUGCUCCGGACACAGAGGCCAGCUAUGGUCCAGACUGAGGACGAAUACCAAUUUUGCUAUCACGCAGCUCUGGAGUACUUAGGAAGCUUUGAUCACUAUGCAACGUAAAAAGCCAUCUCCUCCCCUCAGAAUCCUGUUGCCCCCUCCUCUCCCAACUCAACGGUUUCCUGAGCCAUAGAAACGUUUCAAAUUUGAAAUGACAGCGGUUGAUCAUUUUACCACUGCUUGUUCAGAAACACCAAACAGGAUCCUGUAAAUUUUUAGAAAAUAAUACCCGAUACGACCAGAAAAAGAGAAAUUCCAAUUCAGACUCAAGGCAGAGAGGAAAAUUGCCCAUGAUUUCAACCUCAGACAAUUUUCAGCAACAAGCAACCAGAGGCUGUGGCUCACGCUGUGGGAUGGGUAUCAAUCAAAGUGUCGGACUGCUUACCUUACCUCAAGUGUUUCAGUGGAGGAAGUUGUAAACAUUCGUGGACAUUUCUCUUCUAAAAAAUAUCUUUAUGAUGCAGCGGCAACAAACAACUGCAAUCGAAGGAAAAAUGGAGUGAAAAUCAAAGAGAAGCAGGUGGAUGUAGCCAAGACUGGGACAUAUGCCUGUUUUGGAUGUAAAAAAAAAGGGUUUAAGUGUUUCUAUUGACUGUUUUUGAGUUUUAUUCUGAGAAAUGGCCAAACCGCUGAGAUUCCUAAGUUUCCCAAACUUUGGUCAUUUGGUCAUCAACUGAAACAGAACAAGAAAACAGGUCAUUAAAAGGAAACCUUGAGUUUCUACACAAUUCUACAUACAAUUACAUUAUGAAUAGUUGUGCAGAAAACGUCCUCUUCAAUUUAAGAAAAUGUCACCAAACUGCCUGUAAGCACAAAGAGCUUUAAGAAAGCACACUCCCAGUGGUUGUCAAAAAGAAAGCAGCAGCACAUAUCGUAAAUUUGUUCCAUUGUAUUAAUGUGUAAAGCCUGCUUCCUAAGCCAGGUGACCCUAGUAGAGUUAAAAUCUCACCAGGAUAUUUCCAGGAAAAACUUCCUCCAGAAAAAAUGGCAAAGAUUAAGGGAAAACCAUGUCAGUUGUAAGAAUUUUUGGCUUCGCCUCUCAUGUGGAUGAUGCAAACAGUAACCUUCUCCCAUGUUUUUUAACAAUCUCGUCUCUCUCUUGAACCAUGGCGCCAAGGGGCUGAUGCAGAAAACAUCCACCUUCAGUCCAGUGAGGAGAAAAAGCUUUGGAACAACCAAACAAAGAAACGCUGCCAAAUUUGGGCCUUUCUUUGUGUACAGUGACCAACAGUCAUCAUCAUUGUUUGGAACUUUUUUGUCUUUUGAGGACAAAAAUCUAUUUUUCUUUUCUCUCUUUAAGUUCUCUCUUCUGUUAAAAACCAAACAUGCUGCUUAUCUUGUGUAUGCUGAGCGUGUGACUUUUUGGAUAAAGAGAAAACUAAUGAACAAAAAAAAUGCCAGCUCUGCCAACUCCUUGCGCCCAGGUGGGCAUGACAGAAACGCAUCCACACAACGUCAUUGUCCACCGCUGCUUUUUUAUCCAGUUUUCAUUUUUCCCCAACCUCCUCUAUAUUCAGCUCUAUCAUUGUACAAGAAACUCAAGAGCGGCAAAGACCGCCUGCAAUUGCAAAGUUGUACAUUAACGUUGUUGAUGAAUUGGCCCCGAGUUUCACUGUAUGUGUGGUUGGUAACUGGUCGACAAACAAAACAAGACACUUUGGUGUUUUCCCCCCUCUAUUUUAUAGACGAUGACCCAGUGGGUGACACAGCCAGAGCAAGUAGCCACGUCGGAUCCCAAUGCAAAAUUUCUCUUGUUACUUGCACAUCCCCAGGGCAAAACAGAGAAAAAGCUUGAAACAAACACCCCAAUUCAACUGCAAAAAAAGAGAAAAUAAAAGCUAAAAUCACCAAGUUUUUAUAUCAAAGACGGCGCUUUGGUACACAUGAGCAAAUGGAUUCUGUGAGGGCUUUCUGGCAGAUGUGCACAAAAAAUACCACAAAGCUAUGGACAGAACUGUGUGUGAUCUUUUCUGAUUUCCAAAAAAGCCUUAUUGUUAUUGUAACACUAUGAAAACAUUAAUGUUGUAUUAUGAUGACUUAUUUUACAUGACAUAGUUAGCUUUUAUUUUCUGCUUCUGGUUUAGUUUUUUUUCUAACAGAGAUGUGUUUGUCACAUUUUUUUUAAUUAGCAGAAAAAAAGAGAAAUGCUUAUAUGUUCAUAUUGUGUUAAAAGACAUUCUAUUUUUUCACCGUAGAAAUCCUAAGUAUAACAUGACAGUGUAGGGGUACAUGUAUUUCUAUAUAUAGAUAUAAAGCUAUAUCUAUAUAGAGAGAUUGAUAAAUGCCUACUUACGCAUGCAUAUAUAUUUAAAUGCAGAAUCAGAAGAUAUAUCCAAACAAUUAGUGUGAAAUAACAUUUUCUUUUCAUUCAAUUUGUUUUAUACCUGUUAUCUUUAGUCUUUGAAAAUAUGUUUGUUUUUUUAUUAUUAUUGUUGUUAUUAUUAUUAUUAUUGUGUAAUUCUGGAGACCCUGAAUGUCUCUUCAAGAAACCUGAGGGGAUGCCAUCUUUGUGUCUGAUCUUGUUUUUUGCUUUUGUCCAUUGGAAUUAACUUGUACCCAUAGGGGCACUAUUUUGAAACAUUGUCCUUCAUCAUCACUAAACUGUUAUGUUUGGUUGAUUCUUGUAAUCUGUUCUACAACUGUCGGGGUUUCAUCACUCAGCAUUUUUAAUGUCUAUAUCAGGCCAAUGAUGUACUGUACCUUGUAUGAUUCUGUACAGACCGUAACCCUCACAAUCUGAAGAAAAAUCCUCUUAAAGUUCUUUUUUUUACUUAUAUUUUCAGACAUAAUGUUACCAUUGAUUUUAUUAGACAUCCACUAUGAUCUAGAGUAUAUGUGUAAAUAAACAAAUAUAUAUAGAAUAUAUGUAUCAUUUGACCCUACAGAUCUCAUACUUUUAGCGGGGAACACUAAUGCACAGAUCAAAGUUCUGCUCAUUUCCAGCUUCUUGGUGUUUGUGAAACCUGUUUUCUCAAGCCUUCUUUCUCCAGCUCUGCUCCCUGGUCUUUAAUUACCUCUCUCUUUUCUGCCUUUAAUUUCCCCUGCUAGCAGUCAAACUGGGAAACGUGCCAGUCUAUGUUCCCACACCCAUUGCCUGAAUGAGGGGAACAUAAAUGCGGAUCGGUGAUCCGCGAGUUGGAUUAGACCAAUAUGUUGGUUCACUCUACCAACUAACCACAAGAAUCAUUAAUCAUUUUCAGCAUAGAAAACAUUUACUAAAGGAGCCUCAUAAGAAAAAACUACAAGGGCAUAGAUUCCUGGAAGUACUACUUUUCUCAGAGGUAUUUCACAGAUCUCUGCAGGAAUGCCAAAUGUCUAACUACCUGCAAUCACAAGGUGUUAAUCCAUUAUGUAUGAUUAGCGAGAAUGAAAAAAAAACAAAAGGUUAUACACGCUUCAGUUGCAACAUUUAAAAUUAUUUUUCUCCCUGUUGCCUUGUAUAAAAUCAUGUUGUUUUUUGUUUAACCAUUGUUCAUGAUGGGAUCCAGAAAGAAAUCAGAACUCAGAUGAAACACAGUAGUGGGAUGCAACCAAGGACGGACUGAAACUACCAAAAACAUGCUGCAAAUUUACGUGUAAGGUUUCACGAUGAACUCUAACCUGUCAGAAUUUAUAGAGACUGGUUAAAGGGCCAACGCCAAAAUUUGAAGCGGUGGAAGCGUCUUAAAGCUUGUGCAAUGUGUUAUUCUUUUGGUUUCAAGUAAAGAGUUCAAGUGAAGAUGCUAACUCUUGAAAACAACCACAAAAUUAUCUGGAAUAUGUUGCUAAAUAUUGUGGAAAGGUUAGGGAGUAACAGUGACCAUAAAAAACUCAUUAAAAAGAACUAAGCUUAUAUAGUACAUAUCGACAAAAGAACCGAAACUCAGCAAACCAUUUUUCCUUUAUACGAGGGCCAAGUGCUACCACUUUCAAACUGUUACUUCUAACUGAAACAAUAAUUGGUUAAAAGCCACUGUGUAUGUAGAUAAUGUUGACUUUGUAUUAAAGAAAUGUUGUCUGAAAACCGUU